AUGGAGCAACAUUCGAGACAAAAUAAUGUUGAACUUCAAUGUGUGCCGGAAAGCAAAAACGAAAACCUCCUAAAAAUUGUCUGUGAUCUGGGAAAUACAGUCAAAUGUCAGCUGAAGGAGGAUGACAUAGUAAACUGCACCCGCACUUCCAAGCAAAAUCGUAGCUCUCCACGCCCUAGAUCAAUAGUUGUUCAGCUCUCUUCGCCAAGAUUACGCGAUGAGCUUCUUGCUGCGUGUAUUAAAUAUAACAAAGGAAAACCUCUUCAAAGUAAACUGAAUGCCGCAUUACUGGGUUUUUCUGGGAAUAGUGCUCCGUUCUACGUCUGUGAACACUUUUCCCCCACAAACAAGGCACUCCAUGCAGCAGCUAGAAAAGUGGCAAAGGAGUUUAGAUAUAAAUAUGUUUGGAUUCGAAAUGGCCGAGUUUUUCUAAGGAAAAACGACGAGACUGAGUGCAUUCUGGGAGUGCUUUGUAAUGACUACGACAUAAUUGUUCUUACAGAAACGUGGCUGAACGACUCGGUGUCUGACAGUGAGCUGUUUGACGAGAGGUAUGUGGUUCAUAGAAGAGAUAGGAGUAGUGCUGAAUUAAUUCACAAAAAGGAGGGUGGGGGUGUUCUUGUGGCAGUUUCUAGACGAAUAGUUUCCAAACGUAUGAUUAGUUGGGAAUCUAAACUUGAAGACCUCUGGGUCAUACUUGAAAUUCCUACAUCGCAUACCUCGCGACGGGUAGCUCUCUGCGCAGUAUACCUACCUCCUCCAGUGCAUAGUUCUAUGUUGAGUCACUUUGUUGAUAAUUGUGGUGUUGUGCUUGAUAAUUGUGAUCGUCAUUGUAUUUUGGGUGACUUUAAUCUAGCUAAUAUUAAUUGGAGUUCGGUAGCGGACACUUCUUGUAAUUUUAGAGUACCAGUUUUGUGUCAACCUCUGAUUGAUUUACUCAAUGUAUAUGACCUUAAACAAUAUAACAAAGUACUUAAUAAAUCAGACAGAAUUCUUGACCUCGUAUUGUCUAAUUUGCCUAAUUGUAUGGUUCGUCCGAGUCCUUCUGCGUUCUGUAUCAUUGACCAGCUACACCCUGCUUUAGACGUGGAAUUCUCAUUUGUCGAGCAGCCCAGACUCCCAUUUAACCAUCAAACAUUUAAAUUUAACUUCUACAAGGCCGAUUUCAUGAAUAUUGGUAUAGAGCUUGGAAAAUGUAACUGGGCAGAAAUAUUUGGGAAGAGCAAUGAUGUGAAUAACAUACUCGUAAAAUUUUAUAAUACUAUCGGUACCAUAAUUGAGAAAUAUGUUCCUAAACAUAAAGUUAAAAAAUCACAAUACCCGGCCUGGUUUGAUCGUAACUUAAAAAGAUGUUUAAAAGAAAAAUAUAAUGUUAGGUGUCGUUUCCGAAAAUAUAAAAAUCCAAUGGAUGAAUUGGAGCUGAGGCUAUUAAAUUCACGUUGCACUCGUUUGGCCGUUUUGUCUUACAAUAAAUACAUUAGUGAGUCUGAAAAAAAUAUUUCGAAGAACCCUAAACACUUCUGGUCAUAUGUUAAAGCUAAACGCGGAGGUACUAGUUCCUAUCCUACAAGUAUAACUGAUGGCUUUGUAGUUACCUCAGACGGUGUGAAAAUUUGUGAAAUGUUUGCAUCACACUUUGCAUCUGCAUAUAAAAACAGUAGUCUCCGAAAGUCUGAUCGUAGGGAUUCUUUGGAUUACAACGUGGGUAGCAGUCAAAAUUUAACAAUACCUCUUAUAAAUGGUGGUGCUUUACUGAGAAAGCUUAAAAGUCUUGAUGAGGGCAAGGGUGCAGGCCCGGACGGGAUCCCACCCAUCUUCUUAAAAAGAUGUGCUACAUACUUGGUUGAGCCUUUACUGCUAAUAUUUAAUAUGUCCUUACAAACGGGAGAGUUUCCCACAGAAUGGAAGAAAGCAAGAGUGGUCCCAGUUCACAAGGCUAAUGACGAAAAUAUUAUAUCAAACUAUCGGCCCAUUUCUAUUUUGUCAACACUAGCUAAGGUAUUAGAGUCGCUUGUAUGCCCUUUUAUACAACGUCACUUUAAGCAAAGUUUAUGCAAUCAUCAACAUGGCUUUGUUCAAUCUCGUUCGGUUUGUACUAAUUUAGUGGAUCUCACAGAAAACUUAACAGAGGCUUUGGAUUCUCAUAAUCAGGUAGACGUUGUAUAUACCGAUUUCAGUAAAGCUUUUGAUUGUUUACCCCAUGAUAUAUUGAUAAGGAAAAUUUCUGCUUACGGAAUUUUUGGGAAUUUACUGGAAUGGAUAAGGUCUUACUUGGAAAAUCGUACAUUUUCCGUGGUGAUUAAUGGAUUUCAUUCUAAAUCACGGAAGAUAACUUCCGGUGUACCACAGGGCUCUCAUCUGGGACCAAUCUUGUUCACUAUAUUUGUUAAUGAUAUACCUUCUGUCGUUAGAUUUUCUCAAACUUAUAUGUAUGCUGAUGAUCUAAAAAUAGCUAAAGUGAUACAUUCUGAGCGGGAUUCCGUGUUGCUACAGAGAGACCUCGACGAGUUGGUCAAUUGGUGUUUGCGCAAUGAAAUGGAGCUUAACACUAAAAAGUGUUUUUUCGUACAGUUCGGCCGUAGGAGAAACUUUGUCACGUUCCAAUACCAUAUUGCUCACAAUAGCAUCGCGGAACUUGAGCAGAUCCGUGACUUGGGUGUACUAUUCGACAAAAAAUUGACAUUCGUACCACAUACUGAACAAAUUCAUCUUGGAGUAUUGUUCGGUGGUCUGGAGGCCUCACUAUGCGACUCAUUCUCUACAGAUUGA